AUGUCAAUGGUCACACAUGAGAUCGAUCCGUUUGCAGAUACAAUUGUUAUCCUUAAGAAUCCUUGCAAGAACUUCGCCCCGUGGGACGAGACGCUCGUAUCCUCUCAAAUUGAGGUUCCUGAGCCGGAAGAGAAACAGCUCAUAAAUGCUCAGACCAUUGAACUAGCCGAACCCGCCUCAGGGCCGACCCAGUCGGAAGAUGAUGAGAUUCACUAUCUCGUCUCAUCUCGCCACUUAAUGCUAGCUUCACCAUGGUUUAGGCGCACAUUAACAAAAGAAGAGUUUGUUGAAUCUUCGAAAAAUGCAUCAGACGGACGGUAUCACAUCCAAGCCAACGAUUGGGACGAAGAAGCUCUCCUCAUUCUUCUCAACAUUUUCCAUGUCCGAACACGCCAAGUUCCGGCUGCUGUAAGCUUGGAGAUGCUCGCAAAGAUCGCAGUUCUUGUCGAUUACUACGAGCUCGAAAACGCAGAGGUGAUGGAGCGUGAUGUCAGGGACUGGACUGCCAAUGUGAGGCGUAGUGUCGCGAUCCCAUCUUCUUACUGCCGAGACCUGAUGCUGUGGAUCUGCAUCUCUCGGGUAUUCCAUAUGAGCGAAGAAUUCGAGAAAGCGACAGCUGUGGCGAUAAAAGGAAGUGAAGGGUGGAUUCAAACCUUAGAUCUGCCGAUCCACCAGGAAAUUACAUCUAGUAUCGACUGCAGUCGAUGCAAUGCGCUUGAGCACGUUGUCUCUGAAUUGCACCGCUUACUUGGGGUCUAUCGAGACUUCAACUAUUGCUGCCCCCAUAAUCCAUCUUACUCUUUUCAAUGUGGAGCUUUUCUCUUUGGCGCGUUGAUGAAAUAUAUGGAAAGAUGGGGUUGUCUCUGGCCCCGGCCAGAGAAUCCUUUUAUGGGAAUCAGCCUCAAUAAAAUAUGCAAUAGGAGUGGAAUGACAAAGAAUACGAAAUGGUGGGUCAAAAGCGACUGUUACGACUACUACAGAAGACAUGACCACGAGAAGUUUGAGGUUCACUCGUGCAGUCUAAAUGUCAAAAUUGAUGAAGUAGUCCAGGAUACAAUGGCUAAAGUGAGAGGAUUGAAAUUGCAGGACUUCAGGGAUAACAGCCAAGUUUCGUUUCAAAACUGA